AUGCCACUGCAGGACGACACCCUCCGAGAGGUGUGGGCCUCGGACAGGUCUGGAAGGCCCCCACCUCGCCUACCUGAAUCCUGGGAGGCCCAGAUGGAAGGGUUAGGGAGGGACAGGAAAAGGGGAGGGGGACAGAUUGAUUCCUUUGCUAUCCUCAGCGGGCAUGAGGAGGAAGAUCGGAGCCCGGUGCAGCAGCGCACCAAGCAGCGACAGAAGUUGAGGAAGAAGAGGACAGAGGCCCCUGAGUCCCCCUGCCCCACGGGAUCCAAGCCCCGGAGACCUGGAGGCAGGAGGGGGGCCGAGCCCCGGGGUGCCCCCCAGGGACCUGCGCAUCUCGGCUCAGCGGGGCGGAGGGGGAGGCCGCGGGAGGAGCCCGUCCAGGAGCCGGCGGAGGCCCAGGCGCCGCAGACGGUCUACACCAAGUUCCUCAGGGACCCCGAAGCCAAGAAGCGCGACCCCCGGGAGACCUUCCUGGUAGCCCGCGCCCCAGACGCGGAGGACGGGGAUGAGGAGGAGGAUGAGGAGGACCUCGAAGAUGAAGACAAAGAGGGGGAGGAGGAAAAGAAAGAGAAAAUCCAUCUGCCUCCCAAGAAGCCCCCUAAAGAGAAGGCUUCUGCAGAUGUCAAGGAGAGGAAGGCCAAGGCCCAGGAUCUGAAGGGUGACCUGGGAAGCCCUGUCCCCCCACCAAAACCUCUGCGCAUUAAGAAGAAGGAGGUGCCAACAGGGGAAGGAACCAAAAUAAGAAAGAUAAAGAAGAAAGGGUCCGGGGAGGCUGACAAGGACCACUCAACAAGCCCGACCAGAGUGAGGAAGAAGAUGCCAGCAGCUAUGUUUUUGGUUGGGCAGGAUGGCCCAGCGGAGAAAGCUCUGAAGAAGAAAGGCACUCCCAAAGGCUCAGAGGAGGAAAGGAACGAGGAAGAGGAUGAGAAGGAAGAGACAGCAGCUGUGGUGACCAAGAACAGCAAUCAGAAGGGGAAAGCAAAAGGAAAAGGCAAAAAGAAAGCGAAGGAGGAGAGGGCCCCAUCCCCACCUGUGGAAGUGGAUGAGCCCCGGGAGUUUGUGCUUCGACCUGCCCCCCAGGGCCGGACAGUACGCUGUAGACUGACCCGGGACAAGAAGGGCAUGGACCGGGGCCUGUAUCCCUCCUACUUCUUGCACCUGGACACGGAGAAGAAGGUGUUCCUCUUGGCCGGCAGGAAACGGAAACGGAGCAAGACAGCCAACUACCUCAUCUCCAGCGACCCUACCAAUCUGUCCCGAGGAGGGGAGAAUUUUAUCGGGAAGCUGAGGUCCAACCUCCUGGGAAACCGCUUUACAGCCUUCGACAAUGGGCAGAACCCGCACCGCGGAGGCAGCACUGCUGUGGGGAGCCUCCGGCAGGAGCUGGCAGCUGUGAUCUAUGAAACCAACGUGCUGGGCUUCCGAGGUCCCCGGCGCAUGACGGUCAUCAUUCCUGGCAUGAAUUCGGAAAACGAGAGGGUACCCAUCCGGCCCCGAAAUGCCAGCGACGGGCUGCUGGUGCGCUGGCAGAACAAGACACUGGAGAGCCUCAUUGAGUUACACAACAAGCCCCCCAUCUGGAAUGAAGACAGUGGCUCCUACACCCUAAACUUCCAAGGCCGAGUCACCCAGGCCUCAGUCAAGAACUUCCAGAUUGUCCAUGCUGAUGACCCCGACUAUAUCGUGCUGCAGUUCGGCCGCGUGGCGGAGGACGCCUUCACCCUAGACUACCGCUACCCGCUGUGCGCCUUGCAGGCCUUCGCCGUCGCCCUCUCCAGUUUCGACGGGAAGCUGGCCUGCGAGUGACCCGAGCAUCCCCUAGCACCUCCAAGGGUGGGGGAAAGGAUUCAGUGGAGGCUUGCAGGGUCCCUUCACCAGAGCCCCCACUGACGACUCCUCCCUUGUCGCGGGGGGGUGGGGUGGGAAUGACCCCUCACUGUCUCCGGGUGACCUCCAUCCACUGCCCAGCCUGGCACAGGCCGAGGCAGGGGAGGAGCUCAGACGGCAGGUCGGAUGGAGAUGAAGAACAUCUGGAGUUGGAACCACACAUCUGGUCGCGGAGCUAGCCUGUGCCGCUUCACCAACACCACCCCCGCCCCGCUCCCCAGUCACUUCCUGUCCAGGAGCAGUAGUCAGUGUUGUUUUAACCCCUUCUGGGACCGUACAAGGGCUCAGAAGAGCUAGGGCAGGCUUGGAGGAGGGGGUAGGUGAUAGGCGACGAAGACCCGG